AUGGCAGCCACGUUCCCUAUCGUCACAAGCGCACAGCGCUCUGUGUUCGCUGUCGCCAUAAUUUUCGCCAUUCUGCCGUUCAUUGCGGUGGUUCUACGACUCGCAGCUCACAGAGUCGCCCAUAGAAAACUCGAUUCAAGCGACUACUUCAUCGUGGCGGCUGCAGUCCUCGCUGUCUCUCUAGAAGCCAUCAGCAUCACCGCGGCGGAGUAUGGGAUGGAACCGAUAACGAAACUGCUCAAGCUGGUAAUUCCUCUUCAGCUUACAUGGGCGCUUAGCCUGAGCUGCACGAAGAUCUCCAUCUUGUUGCUGUACAUGCACGUAUUCCCGGUCACGGCGCUGAUCUGGACGGCACGCGCUACCAUCGUCAUCAUUAUCAUGUGGGCGACGGCCACGAUCCUUGCCGGGUUACUGAUUUGCAAGCCCCUUGCCUUCAACUGGGACCAGACGAUUCCCGGAGGUAGCUGCGGCGACCAGGUCUUGUCUUUCACCAUCACGGGCAUCGUCAACCUGAUCACUGACAUCAUGGCUUUGGCGCUGCCGCUGCCGUUCCUCUUCCAGCUGCAGAUGAAGCUGUACAAGAAGGUGGUGCUGAUGUGCGUCUUCAGCUUGGGUUUCUUAACCUGCGUCGUCAGCGGCUUCCGGAUCAAGACGCUCAACACAAUGGACUUCGCCGACAUCACGUAUUCAAUCCCACAAGCCAACAUCUUCAGCGGCCUCGAACCGAGCGUCGGUGUCAAUCUGGUUUGUGUGCCGCUACUGCGGCCGCUUUUCGGUCGUUCUGGGUAUUCGAGCUCAGGCACGGCGAAUUAUAAAGGCGGAAGCGGUUCGGGCAUGGUGCCCGGGACCAUUGGCAAGGGCAGCAGAUUGUUCGAGCCGCUGUCGGACGGCUCGAGUCAGUACCGCCUGCGUCCUGUCGGCCCCAAGUACGGCGCCACAAUCACGACCACGGAACAGCCCGGUACCGGGGCCACCAGGCACAGCGAGGACAGUCAUAGCCACGGAAGCGAUCCGGCUGGGGACCGGGAUAGUAAGGGGAUUAUGGUUACUCACGAAUGGAAUGUCUCAUAG